AUGUUCAAAAUAACUUUGAAGGCUCCAGAUAAAGCCAAAGAUGUAGCCCAGAAAAAGCCAAAAAUUAAACUAAAGUUGGGCUCUGCUGCCUCUGAACUGGCUUCUCCAGCCAUUUCUUCACCAACUGCUCAUCACAAAACAACAAUUAAAUCAUCAAAGAAAAACCCAAUUAGAAUUCCAAAUUCUGCUCCAAUUCCUCCCAAAAUUAGCAAGAUCAAAGUCACCUCUGCUCCAAAAGUCCAACCAAGAUUUCGUAUUCGAAUGCCUGGUGAUGGCUACGAUUCUGAAGACCCUGAAAAAGAAGAUAAUCCACCCUUUGAAGAUGGCAUAAUAUUGAGAUUGAUGGAUGAUCCUGAAUUAGAUUACGUUAGACAAUGCGUUGAAACCUCAGAUUUUAAAAACAUCACCAUAAAAUGGAAGGAUAGAAGAAAAGCUAUAAUAAUAAUAAACGAUUCUUAUUAUAUGGCAAAAUUGCUUGACUUGCCCUGCAUAAUCGAAUCCCAUAAAACAACUGAUAAGAAAAAUUUUUAUAAAACAAUCGACAUUUGCCAAAUGCUAUAUGUCUUUAAAAAAGUCUCCAAACGCGAUUAUCUAGAAUUAUUCAAUCCAACUCUAUCCAAUCAAUCAAUCAGUAACAAUUCUACUAGUUUUACCAUAACAACAGACUCCUCAAACAACAUUGAAGAUUAUUCUGAACAUUAUCAAACUUUAAUUUCUGACUAUAACAACAUCAAUGAUCAAUUCAAUGAUGGUAUAACUCCACCAAUGAAAAAUGUUAGGGACUAUAGAUUUAAACCAAGAUUAAAUUGCAAAAAUAUUGAUAAAAUUGAAGCAAAAGUUGAAGAAUUAUUAAGAGAAGAUGCUGAUGCUGAAUCGACAACCUUUGAAUUACUUAAUAAAGAUGAUUAUGAAAGAUCUCAACAACAAAGAUUCUCAUCAUAUUCCGGUUAUAGUACUGUUGCAACUCCAAUUUCAACUUUUGCUACUCCACAACCUCUGAGCAUUGACAUUGACAGUGUUUUUGAUAGUUUUGAUAUAGACAAUCAAAAUGAUAAAUAUGAAAAUAAUAAUGAUGACCAUGAUGAAACAAUGAAUGAUAAUGACGAUAACGACGAUAACGAAAGUUUGGAAAAUGAAUUUGAAGGUUUACUAGAAAAUAAAGAUGACGAUGACGAAGAUGACGAUAUAAGUGAAGAGGAUAAUGAAGAAAAAGAAAAUAAAGCCGAAAUUGCCCAGCAUAAUGAAAUGCUAAAAGAAGAAAUCUCUGAGCUUGAAACAACCAUCAAACAAAAAGAAAUUCAAAGAGCGAAUGCUCCAAAUAAAAUUUUACAGAAUAGAUUCAAUGGUUACAUUGCUAAGCUCAAACAAGAAUUGGAAUAUAAAAAGAAACAAUUAAAAGUAAGUGAGGAGUCAAUAGAUAAAGCUGAUAGUGAGAUGAAUAAUGAAAACAAUAGCGAUGCUUCUGAUUUAGAUGAUUUAUUUGGCUAA